AUGUAUUCUCCAUCAAUAUGUUCAACAUCUUCCGAUGAUUUGGUUAAUUGUCAAAUUUGUUUUCAAUCUUCUCACGGCAAUCAUUUUGGUGUUUAUUCCUGUCGAGCGUGUGCUGCAUUUUUUCGUCGAGCUGUUGUUGGAAGUUAUAAAGAUAUCAAAUGUAGACAAGGUGAUGGAAAAUGUCAUGCAAGAAUGGAUGGAAGAUUUGUAUGCAAAAAAUGCAGAUUGGAUCGAUGCUUUGAAGUUGGAAUGACUGCUGACAGUAUGUUCUAGUUUUGUGUUUCAUUUAUUUUAUUAAAAAAAAUGGAAAAUUUUGCCCCACAUUUUUUCAAAAUAUGUCAAAUUUUUUUUAGAAGUUCAACACGAUCGAGAUCUAAUUUCUUCCACUCAAAGCUUUGUGUUAGCAAGAAAACGGAAAAUGUUAUCCUCAAUUAUUCCACAAUCACUUCAAAGUUUUCUUGGUCGCCCUGUUUUUAUUCUUGCAUGCGAACCUGAUUUAGCAACAUCGGAUCGAACUUAUAUUGAUGUCAAAUUUCUAAUUGAUCACGCAUCAGAUUUAUUAGAGAAUACAGUAGUGAAAAUGCCUGAUUCUUUAAAAUCAAUGAGUGGUUUGCAUAAAUUAUCAUAUGGAUUAGAACAAUCAAGACUACCAAAUGAUGAAAUAAAACUUUGCACAAAAAUUGGAAAAGCCGAAUGUUUACUAUUUUGGGAACACGAAUUUAUCAACUGCGCUAAAUUUUUAGUCUACUGUGAUGAGUUUCAACAACUUCCAAAGAAUCUCAAAAUUCAAUUUUUGAAAUCAGUUUGGUAUACUUGGAUAAGACUAGAGAAAAUCGCGCAAACUGCAGAUAUUCGAAAGAAAUCAGGAGAAAGUACAAAAUGUAUGGUUACAAAUGAGAUCUCGGUUGAUUAUAAAGAUAUUGAACUUGAUAUCACUUGGUUUACAAAUUAUAAAAAAGAACAACUAUCAUAGUAAGUUCAUUACAAUGUUUUUCAAAGAAAAAUCCAAGUUUUUUAUAGUUUUCUUGAUCCAAUGGAAUGUAUGUUUAUUGAAAAUGUUGUUGAACCUUUGCUUGAAUUGGAUCCGAGUGUUCAAGAACUAACUUAUAUGCUAUGUAUUUUAUCAUUUCGAUUUGGAGGAAAACAAAUGGGAGGAGAAAUUGUUAACGUGGCAGAGAAAAUCAUUGAUAAUUUAUCAAACGAUCUACAUAAUCACUAUAUUCUUGAUAUGAAAAUAGUGAAUUAUGCAGGAAGAAUGACAAAAAUGCUGAAGAUUGUCAAAACUGUAGAGGUAAAUUGAAGAAGAAACCAAUGUUCAAGAACAAUUUUUGAAAUCGAACCAAUUUUUGAUGAGACACCAAACCUAUUAGACACCUGUUUUUGAUUACUUUUAGAUAUUUGAUUAUAUCAAAUUUUCAUUCAUAGAUCAGACAUUAAUGUUUUCAGCAUGAUCUCUAUGAACGAAUGGAACGAGCACAACUCGCUAGAAUAUUUGAUAUUUUUGUAAUUGAUUUUUCACACCCAGAAAUGUUUUUUGGAUAUCAACGAUAG